AUGGAGUUACAAUACAAUAGUGCGAAUACGCGAGUAUUAUGGUUGGCAAUUCUGGGUAUCAUCAUGGUUUGCAGUUCCUAUUUAACAUUUGCAUACAAUCCACUACAAAUAAUCCUCAGAACAUUUCUUACAUUAAAACAAGGAAGUAUAUUUUUUAAUUUAUGGUCCAAUCCACCAUAUGAUGUUUUAAUAAAAGUAUACAUUUUCAAUAUAACGAAUUCAAAUGAGUUCCUAGCUGGGACAGAUCCGAAGCUUAACUUUACUGAAGUUGGCCCAUAUUAUUACAAGGAAAUUUUGACUAAUGAAAACGCCACCUUUAAUGAAGAUGGAACUAUUUUAUUUCACCCAAAAAGAAGAAUUGAAUUUGAUAGCGUCAGAUCUUUAGGAAAUCCAAUGACAGACAGAAUUAUUUCACCAAAUAUUCCAAUGAUUGGAAUACAGUCUUUUUUAAACCAAGAAUCAUUUCUUAAGAACCUGGCUUUUUCAUCAUUCAGUACAUCAGUUGGAGCACAAUCUUUUUUAAACCUUACAGUGAAUGAAUAUCUCUGGGGAUAUGAAGAUAAAUUGGUUGUAUUGGCAAACAAAUUCAUGCCAUCUUGGAUUGACUUUGAUACUUUUGGAAUUCUCGAUAGGUUGCUAAAUAAAGACAACAAUAACGUGCUAAAAAUCUCAAAUAAUCCAGAUCUUACAACUGCUAAUGCAUUCCUGACUCCUCAAGAAAACAAAAUGCAAUAUCAUAUCGUAGAAGUUAAUGGUUCCCCAGGAUUAAAAGAAUGGGGUUGGCAAGACCCUAUUCGCAAUGAAACAAUAGAAAGCAACAAGCGUUGCCAAUUGGUGGCUGGUACUUUUGAAGGAACCAUUAUGCCAAGCUUUAUGGAGGAGAAUACAACGUUCCAAAUUUUUAGAAAAGCUUUCUGCAGGCCUGUUCCAAUGGAAUAUAUUGGUAAAGGAGAGGAUAGAAAUGGAUUUGAAGCUUAUAACUACAGAAUUUCUGAUAUGUUCUUAGAAACACCUGAAGUUUAUCCUGAAAAUGAAUGUUAUUGUGUGAAAGGUAGAUGUUUGCCAAAAGGUUUGGGACACCUUUCACCUUGUUAUUAUGGUAUUCCAAUUACAAUGUCUCAUCCGCACUUUUUUAAUGGUGAUCCGAGUCUAGUUAAACAGGUGAAUGGAAUGAAUCCAGAUAGAGAAAUCCACGAUAGUUUAGCACAAGUCCAUCCUACAUUUGGAGUUCCUUUAGAUGGUCACCUUAAAGUACAAAUCAACUUGGAUGUGGGACAAACUAGAAUGAACUACAGAACUACACCUUUGAAUGGCUUGCACUUGCCAUUAUUCUGGUUGGAACUAACUGUUGGUGAUUUCCCUGACUUGGUUUACUAUUCAAUCUUAUUUUCCUGUCAUAUUCUUCCCGUCGCCCAAACAAUUAUUAUGUAUCUUUUGGGCUUCAUAGGUUUAGCUUUAAUAUCAACUUCAGCUUUAUUGGUACUUUUCUUUAACGCUCCAAGUAAAUUUAAUGACAGGUUAAGCUUAAAAAAAGAUUAUAGUGCAAUACCAACUAUUACAAUCCACCAGCAGUAUUUUAAACCCGAAAUUAAAAUAUCUAAAUGUUAG